UAAUCUCAAUGAUUAAUCAUAGGAAUUAGAAGAACUUCCAGAAAAUUUAAGAGAGUCAGCAUCCCUGUUCAUGUCCUACGCGCACGCGAGCGUCAACGAUAUUUCCUCGCUUUACCUCCAAAGCGAAAAGAGAUACAAUUACGCGACACCAAAGUCAUUUCUGGAACAAAUUUCUUUAUAUUCAAAGUUACUCGUCGAGCGAACUCACAACGUGAUAGCCAUGAUAGAAAGACUGAAAAAUGGGUUAGAGAAAUUGGAGAGCUGCGCUGGACAGGUGAGCGAGUUAAGAGUCAUAUUAGCGGUUCAAGAAACUGAAUUAAAGAAGAAGAACGAGAUUGCGGAUAAAAUUCUUGCUGAAGUUCGAGCGGAAAACACUAAAGCUGAAGCUGAGAAAGCAAUUGGUAAAGUAAAUUGAAAUGCAAUAUAAACCUUGUGCGAAUGAGGAAAAGUGUGACUGUGGAUCUUCGUACCAGUUGCGUUCAAUUUUUAGAAAUUUAGUUUAUAAAUUUCUAAAUUCAUUGUACGUGUGCAAGAUCCUAAUUUGGAAAACUUCUAAAUUGUACAUU